AUGUUCUCUGUAUUUAUUUCUCUUUUUAGAAUAAUCUUUGUAAAUAAUUCCCUCUCUCUAUGCAAGACUGUAUUUAGUCUCGCUAAAAUAUUCUGUCAAUCACUCAUUGCAAGUUUUUCUUUCUUUCAGUUUUGCACAUUUUUUCCUGUUUAUGCUUAUGUCACUCUAAUUUUCUAUCUAUGUUCUCUUUAUCUCUCUUUCUGCUCAGAGCUAGUCAGUGUCUCUCUCUCUCUCCUCUUUCCGUCAGUGUCUCUCUCUCUCUCUUUCCUUUCCGGCUAUCAGUGUCUCUCUCUCUCUCUCUCUCUCUCCGUCAGUGUCUCUCUCUCUCUCUCUCCGCUCAGGCUAGUCAGUGUCUCUCUCUCUCUCUCUUUCACUUCAGUGUCUCUCUCUCUCUCUCUCUUUCCGCUCGGAGCUAGUCAGUGUCUCUCUCUCUCUCUCUCUCUCCGCUCGGAGCUAGUCAGUGUCUCUCUCUCUCUCUCUCUCCGCUCGGAGCUAGUCAGUGUCUCUCUCUCUCUCUCUCUUUCCUCGUCUCUCUCUCUCUCUCUCUCUUUCCGCUCGGAGCUAGUCAGUGUCUCUCUCUUUCCGCUCGGAGCUAUCAGUCUCUCUCUCUCUCUCUCCGCUAGUCAGUGUCUCUCUCUCUCUCUCUCUUUCCGAGCUAGUCAGUGUCUCUCUCUCUCUCUCUCUCUCUCUCUCUCUGGCAUCAGUGUCUCUCUCUCUCUCUCUCUCUAUGGCAUACUUUCAAUCUCUGUCACUCACUUCCAGCUAGUCUUCCCAUAUUCUUUCUCUCUAUUUCCUUUUACUAAAGUCUUCCCUGCAAAUUCUUCUACUUUUUCCCUCCUCUCUUUGUCUUCUUUCUCUUUUCCCUCUUCUAUUUGUCUUUCUCUUUUCCCCCCUUUCUGUUUGUCUGUUUCUCUUUCCCCCCUUUCUAUUUGUCUGUUUCUCUUUUCCCCUUUCUAUUUGUCUGUUUCUCUUUUCCCCCCUAUUUGUCUGUUUCUCUUUUCCCCCUUUCUGUUUGUCUGUUUCUCUUUUCCCCCUUUCUAUUUGUCUGUUUCUCUUUUUCCCCCCUCUAUUUGUCUGUUUCUCUUUUCCCUCUUCUAUUUGUCUUUCUCUUUUCCCCCCUUUCUGUUUGUCUGUUUCUCUUUUCCCCCCUUUCUAUUUGUCUGUUUCUCUUUUCCCCCCUUUCUAUUUGUCUGUUUCUCUUUUCCCCCCUUCUAUUUGUCUGUUUCUCUUUUCCCCCUUUUUUUGUCUGUUUCUCUUUUCCCCCCUUCUAUUUGUCUGUUUCUCUUUUCCCCCUUCUAUUUGUCUGUUUCUCUUUUCCCCCCCUUUCUAUUUGUCUGUUCUCUUUUCCCCCCUUUCUAUUUGUCUGUUUCUCUUUUCCCCCCUUUCUAUUUGUCUGUUUCUCUUUUCCCCUCUUCUAUUUGUCUGUUUGUUCCCUCUUCUAUUUGUCUGUUUCUCUUUUCCCCCCCUUCUAUUUGUCUGUUUCUCUUUUCCCCUCUUCUAUUUGUCUGUUUCUCUUUUCCCCCUUUCUAUUUGUCUGUUUCUCUUUUCCCCCCUUUCUUUUGUCUGUUUUUUGUCUUUCUAUUUGUCUGUUUCUCUUUUCCCCCCUUUCUAUUUGUCUGUUUCUCUUUUCUCCCCUUCUAUUUGUCUGUUUCUCUUUUUCUCCCUUCUAUUUGUGUUUUUCAUCCUUUCUUCUCUUUGUCUAUUUCUCUCUUCCCUUUGCUCUCUUCUUUUUGUCUUUUUAUCUUCUUCUUCUCUCCCUUUCUUACCUCCUCUAUUUCUAUACGCUCCUUUUCCUCUCUCUCUCUUUUUCCAAACACUCUGUAUUUUUUCCACACUCCUCCCUAUUUUUCCUUAUCAUUCCACCUUUCUCUCCUCAGCAUUUCCACUUUUUUCACUUUUUUUUUUUCUCUUCCUUUUUUACUGAAAUGGUUGCAAAAACUGAAAUGCCUUCUUUUUCCUGAUUAA